UGGCUUUGCAGAACAUGCUACAAAUACUUAAUAAAGAAUAAAGUUCCUCCUACUGCUAUUUUAAAUGGAAUGCAAUUUCCAAAAAAACCAGAUUUUUUUGACUUGAAUGAACUUGAAUGUAGACUUCUUGCACCAAGACUUGCAUUUCAAAAAUUAAUGCAAGCUCCAAGGGGAAGGCAAUUCAAAAUUCUUGGAAAUGUAGUUAAUGUAGUGGCAGAAGUAUCCAAUACUGUUAAUGUGUUACCAAGGUUACCCAGUGAUACUGGUACAAUUAAAGUAAAUUUAAAGAGAAAAUUACAAUACAAAAGUUCAGCCAUGUCUUUCAAUGUAAGACCGCAUAAAGUUAUUCAAGCAGCUAACUGG